GUCAAGAAUUGAUUACAAAAAAAUAAACAAAACGUUUCACUUGGUUUCACUGUUGUUUGGCACGGGGUUGUAUUUAAUAUCUUAUUGUUUUCAUUGUGUAUUUAAUAAAAAUAUAGUUUAAACCAUGCAUUGGGCCCAUAUUUACCCGGAUAGUGAGUUAUACAACUACGAAUACUUCAGUCAAGACGACGUUUGCCGACUUUGCUGGAACAAAAAUGCGAACACAGACGUCUUUCUAAAAAUUUCAGAAUACACGAUAGAAAUGUGUUUGUCUGACAUAAUAAAAGACUGUUUACAUGUAGAAGUAGAUAAUGGUCAUCUAAACAAGAUCUGUAACGACUGUUUAAGUGAAAUAAAGCGGUUUCAUUACUAUAAAUUAUUUUGCCAAGAAACGAACGCAAAGCUGAAAAUUGUGCUUGAAAAUCACUCGCUAACGACCAGUGAACCGACUGUAGAAAUUAAAAUUGAAGAUAUAGAAGACAAUGACGUCAUAGAGACAUAUUUAGAUGAUAAUUUAGUUUUCGAAGAGCCAGAGACAAUAAAACAGCGGCAAUCAACCUCGAAAGUGAGAAAAAAGUAUUUACACAAACGCUCACCUACUUACUGUAAUAUUUGCUGCAUAGAUUUGGAUACUCAAGAAGGAUUAUCUACUCAUAAUGCUGAAUUACAUGGUAUUGAAGAUAAUGGUACAUUAUUCAAGUGUUUUGGAUGUGAAAAACGGUUUAAAAGUCGAAAAAGUCGCAUAAGUCAUGAAGUAAAUUUCUGUAAAGGGUUAAAAGAUGGAUAUAAGUGUACUUUAUGUGAUCGGUAUCUACCAAAGAGGUGUAUGUACGAGUUUCACAUGAGAGACCAUAGACACAACACAUUGACUGAGUUGCCAGAGCACAUAUUUAAGUGUGGCAAGUGUUUAAAAUUGUUUAAGACUAAAGAAUUACUCAAACUACACAUGCUAGAACAUGGAAAAGAGAAGAAUUUUGUUUGUGAUGUUAGUAUUUUUUUAAUUUCAACUUUUUUUUUAAAUGUUACCCCACACUUGCAUUGUCUCCUGUAUCGUGGGUGCGUUUAUAAACAUAAUAUUUCAUAUACACUUAGCAUCCAGACCCAGAACAACAAUUUAUUUAUUUAUUAUUUCAGGAAACACACAGGGGAGCGGCCGUACAGUUGUGACAUGUGCUCCCUACGAUGUAUCUCUAGUUCCAAUCUACGCGCGCAUCGCAGACGACAUUUAGGAGUUAAGAAAUAUGAAUGCAGAAUAUGCAGCAAAAAGUUCGGCUACAAAGUGAGUUUAGAAGAACAUAUUUCAUCAGCUCAUGUUCGCUCUGAAUCUCAUCCUUGCGAGCAUUGUGGCGCCACCUAUACAAGACUUAGGGGACUACGGCGCCAUCUAGUUUCCAAACAUGGAAAACAAGCUAAAACCAAACCCGUAGAACAAAACUUAUUAGUUCAAGUUACGCAGACAGAUGGCGGUAAAAUUGAUAUUCUAAAAGAAGUUGAGUACGAAUUGAAGGAUGGAGAUAAUGUUUUGCUUUUAAAACAUCAAGACGGCGAUGUUUAUAUGGUGUAAAUAAAUAAUUUGAUGUAUAA